GAAACACAUUUAGUAAAUUUUGAAAUGAUUAUUCAAUCUUAGAUUGGAAAUUCUAAAUUCAAUCUAGAAUUUCGGCAGUUUAUUUUUAGAGUAAACAAAUUUUUUUCUCAGUUAUACGAUGAUAAAAAAAAAUUAUUUUGAAAGUAAAAUUUCAAUAAAUGAUUGUUUUUUAAUCUCGUACUUGUUAUAAGAUCUGAAAGAGAGAUUUUCAUUGAAAGUGUUUGGUACUCGCCAUUUGUUUUGAGAAAAAUCAUGUCAGUGAACUUAACAAAAAACAAAACUGCUCUUGUGAAAGCAUGGGAAGAUUUGUGUAACCCAAGUAGUAAAAAAAAUUGGGUAUUGUUUGGUUAUGAUGGUUCUACUUUUGACUUAAAAGUUAUUAAUGAUGGAGAAGAUGGUUUGGAAGAGCUGGUUGAUGAUUUAAGCGGAGGAAAAAUAUUAUAUGCUGGUUUAAGAGUCAUUGAUCCAAAUACAAAUUUACCUAAAAUAGUCUUUAUUAAUUGGCAAGGUGAAGGAGUUCCCUCUUCUGUAAAAGGUAAAUGUGCAAACCAUCUUCGUGACAUUAAUGGACUCUUUCGUGGAGCACAUGUGCAAGUUAAUGCUCGAUCAGAAGACGAUGUUGAUGAAAAAUCUAUUAUGGAGAAGGUAAAAAAUGCAUCAGGUGCUAACUAUAGUUUUCAUAAAGAAGCACCAAAAGAAUUUGUUCCACAAGGUCAGAUUGGCACAAAUUAUGAAAAGAAACGACCCGACAAAGAGAUUGAUAUCCAAAAAAAAAAUGAGUUUUGGUCGAAAACUGAGAAAGAAGAAAGACAACGCAAGAUAGAAGAAGAAAAAGCCCUGGAAGAGCAGCGAAUGAAAGAAUCGAAGUUAAGAGCUGAAAGAGAAAAAAAAGAAGAAAUGGCCAGAGAAGCAAUGAUACGAGAAAGAUCAAAAUCUAUUGAUGAACAAAGGGAAAAUACAAAAAUUUUGGAAAAGAAAAAAGCAGAGGAAGAAAGAAUAAGAUACCAAAAGACAUUAAAGGAAGCAGAACAUGAUGAUGAAAUGUUUAAAAAAAGAUCAGAAGAAGAAAGAAAAAAACGCUUACAGGAGGCAAACAAAUUAAUUCAGUCUCGUGAAGAGUCUCCAAAAGAAAGUUUCAAAAAGACUGAAGAACCUUCCUCAAAGCCAUUGCCUACAAUAAGUAAUGUGAAAAAACUUCCGCCUGCUGUUCAGAAAAAACAACCAAAACCAGCAGAAUCUCUACUACAAUCAGAAGUUCAAGACAAUUUAAAAAAAAUAAAACAAGAACCUGAAAAAAGAUAUGAACCAGUUCAGGAGCCAGUAAAAUCAAGGGAACCAAAUCAAGAGCCAGUAAAACCAAUAGAACCAAGUCAAGAGCCAGUAAAAUUGAGAGAACCAAGUCAAGAGCCAGUAAAAUUGAGAGAACCAAAACAAGAGCCAGUAAAAUCAAGAGAACCAAAUCAAGAGCCAGUAAAAGCCCCAGCUGCUGUUAUACAAAAUCAAGUUACUAAUGUGCAAAACUCAGCUUCCACUGUGCAAAACCCAGCUGCCACCAUGCAAAACACAGCUACUGCUACGCCAAAACAAUCUAUCGUUUCUAAUAAAAGUAACACUGCAAAAGCAUUGUUUGAUUAUAGUGCAGCUGAUGACACUGAAAUAACUUUUCUUCCUGGUGAUUUGAUAAUAAAUAUUGAAUUCAUUGAUGAUGGAUGGUGGAGAGGAACUGGGCCAGAUGGUACUUAUGGCUUGUUUCCUGCUAAUUAUGUAGAACUUAUUGAGGAAGUAUCGUCUGUCACUCAUGAAAAAAUUACUCAACCAUCGUUUUCUUCUUCAACUGUUCAAGGAUCUACAAAAUCAGAAACUUUUACAAGUCACAAUGUAUAUGAUGUUGCGUCUGUUAGGAAAGCAAUAGCUCUCUACGACUACCAAGCUGUUGACGAGACAGAGAUUUCUUUUGAUCCUAAUGACAUUAUUACACAUAUUGAGGUAAUUGAUGAAGGUUGGUGGAGAGGCAUGAAUCCUAGUGGACAUUACGGCUUAUUCCCUUCUAAUUAUGUUGAAGAAAUACAUGAAAGUCUUCCCUCACCAAAACCACUUGGUGAUAUUAGAGCACGUGCCUUAUACGACUAUCAAGCCGCUGACGACUCAGAAAUCACGUUCGACCCUGAUGACGUUAUCAUAAAUAUUGAAAAAAUUGACGAAGGCUGGUGGAAAGGAAUGGGACCUGAUGGUAAAAUAGGUCUUUUUCCUGCUAAUUAUGUUGAGUUAUUGUAGAUAUGUCAUAUGAAUAUGUUGUUUUUUAAAAAAAUUAAUGAAAAUUUUUUUUUAUUUUAUUUGUAGUGUUAUUUUAAUUUAUUUUGAGUUGUGUAAAAACUAAAAUCACAAAAUAUUUUAUGUGCUUUAUUAUUAUGCUUUAGUUAUUAUGUAGUGUUUUUUUUAUCUUUUACUAUUACUGAUUUAAAUGUUUUUUUGUCUUAUCUGGGUUUUUUUUUUAUAUCUCUGAUUUUGUAUUUCAUUAAAUAAGAUUAACAACAUAUAUAUAAUAUAUGUGUGUGUGUUUAUGUAGAUAUGUAUUAAACUACAUUUGUUAGACGUUCAAUAAUUCUAGAAUGUAAAAAAAAAAAAUUUUUAUAUAACGUUUUUAAUAGCUUA